CUGCACUACGGGACCCUCCUGGGCAGCAGAGCUUGUGCCCACAUGGCAGCAGCUGCCUGGGCCUCUGGGUUUCUCAAUGCUCUGCUGCACACAGUCAAUAUAUUUUCCCUGCCCCUGUGCCAGGGCAAUGCCCUGGGCCAGUUCUUCUGUGAAAUCCCACACAUCCUCAAGCUCUCCUGCUCACACUCAGGCUACCUCAGGGAACUUGGGCUCAUUGUAGUUACUGCCUCUUUAGUGCUUGGUUGUUUCAUUUUCAUAGUUUUCUCCUAUGUGCAGAUCUUCAGGGCUGUGCUGAGGAUCCCCUCUGAGCAGGGACAGCACAAAGCCUUUUCCACGUGCCUCCCUCACUUGGCUGUGGUCUCCCUGUUCGUCAGCAAUGGCAUAUUUUCCAACCUCAAGCCCCCCUCCAUCUCCUCCCCAUCCCUGGAUCUGGCCCUGUCAGUUCUGUACUCGGUGAUGCCUCCACAUUUAGAAUGUAAUGCCCCAAACUUUCUUCUCAGCUUUAUGGGGGAAGUCAUUGGAUUCUUCUUGUAA